AGCAAAGCAAUCACUAGAAGAUUUUGUGAUUUUUUUUUUUCUUUCUUUCUUUGUUAGCAGAGUUUGCUAGCUCAAAUUAUCCAACUCUAAUUAGGACGACAUGCCUUCUCUCUCCGUCAUCCCAUCACUCCCAUGGCUUCAAAACCCUAAAUUGAGCCAACCCAAUUUCUUCAAUUUCCGCUUACCGCCACUCUGUCACCGUCCCCUCGGCAAAAGCACUGCAACUUUUCACCGUAGAAUCCUCUGCAAAGCCCUCAGAGAUUCCGGCGAGGACUUCAAGGCGGUGCUCAAGUCCGACGACAGUGGUGGCGGAGGCGGCGGCGACGGUGGGGGUGGGGGUGACCGGGAUGCGGAGAAGGAAGAAGGUCCCUUGUCGGAGUGGUUGAAUUUCACUUCUGAUGACGCAAAAACGGUGCUUGCGGCUCUCGCAAUUUCGCUUGCGUUUCGAUCAUUCGUGGCGGAGCCGAGGUUCAUUCCUUCGCUGUCAAUGUAUCCUACAUUGGAUGUUGGAGAUCAAAUUAUUGCUGAGAAGGUUUCAUACUAUUUUAGAAAACCAUGUGCAAGUGACAUAGUGAUAUUUAAAAGCCCUCCGGUGCUUCAAGAAGUUGGAUACAGCAAUUUUGAUGUGUUUAUAAAGCGUAUGGUUGCAAAGGAAGGUGAUAUUGUGGAGGUUCGUAAAGGGCAUCUUGUAGUUAAUGGGGUUGAGAAGAAUGAAGAGUACAUCCUUGAACCACCUGCUUAUGAGAUGAAACCCACACGUGUGCCAGAGAACUACGUCUUUGUAAUGGGAGACAACCGCAAUAACAGCUAUGACUCCCAUGUGUGGGGUCCCCUGCCAGCCAAGAAUAUCAUAGGUAGAUCGGUAUUUCGCUAUUGGCCACCAAAUAGAAUUGCUGGCACAGUUUCUAAGGAAAGUUGCAGUGUUGAAACCACGCAGACGCAGGAGAGUGCGGAGACUUCGCUACCAUCUCAAUGACCACUCUUUCCAUCCAUCGAUUAUUGUAGACUGUACAACCUUUCCUAAUUUUUGUAUUGUCCGAUUUUGUUAUUCAAUUUUAGAAAAGAUAUAGGAUGUUUGGUAAGGUGGAAAAAACAUUUCUAGGUUACUUCACAUUCUUUAUAUUGGUUCUUGUAAAUUAUCUAUUACUCAAAUCUACACUGAUUUUAUUUUGCUUGAAGAUUAGUUCCGGUAAAAGAUACAUGUCAUACAAAAAAUCACCACCAA